AUGCACCAUUCUUCUGAGUACUUCAAUCUCAGCACUGGUAUACGAGAACCAGCUAUUCAGGAUUUCGCUCAAAUGUUGCCCGAGCUGUUGCAAGCCUUUUUCAUGCCUCCCAACAUGUUCAUCGUUCAUCGCACUCUGAACCUUACUUAUCAAUUCUGGAUCCAUACAACUGUUGUACCUUACCUUGGUCCUCUUGAAUACUUCAUUAACACUCCUUCGAGCCACCGUGUCCACCAUGGCAGAAAUCCAUAUUGCAUCGAUAGGAACUAUGGUUGCGUCUUGAUUAUUUGGGACAGGUGA